AUGGAGGGCGACGCGCCGGCCGGGCCCGGGAGCCGCGGCCCCGCAGCCGAGGGAGCGGAGCCGGGGGGUGGCAGCGGGGCGGCCGGGGGGCUGCCCGGCUCCGGCACACGCUGGGAUCCCCCCACGGGCCGCGGGGACGGGCCCAGGGUGGUGGCGGCGGUCACCAACGCGGCCUUCGAGGGGGACCCGCCGCCCUACUCGCCCCCGGACCCCAAGAGCGUUCACCUCCUCUACCCGCCGUUCCCGGCUGGCUUCUCCCAGCAAGCGCCCGUCAUCUACCAGCCGGGGCCGGGGCCGGGACCCUUCCCGCCCCAGGGCAUCCCACCUGCACCCCUGCCCUACACCACCUACGACGGGCAGCCGAGCGCAGGGCCAUCGCCCGCCGGCCGCGGGCAGCGCCUGCCCAAGGACUACAUGGUGGAGUCGGUGCUGGUGACCAUCUUCUGCUGCCUGCUGACCGGGGUCAUCGCCCUCGUCUACGCCCACGAGACCCGGGCUGCACUCAGCCGCGGGGACAUGGCCCAGGCAAACGUGGCAUCCAAAAAGGCCCAGUCGCUGGUCCUCUUCAGCCUCCUCUUCGGGUUGUUCGCCUCCAUCAGCUGGGUCAUCUAUGUCCUGGUGGCCCUGUACGUAUGACAGGGACCCCGAGCCCCAGGGACAGGGCGCGUGCCGGGGGCUCCUUGCGGCUCACCACGGCCCAGGGGGCACGGGCAGGUGGAGUGACCGCAGCCCCCGCGUGGCAUCACCGGGGCUGCUGUGGGAAAUGGGUGACCACAAAGCAUUAUCGGGGCUGAGAGGCAGUGUCCGUCCUUCCUGGCGGGGCGAGGAGCCGCUCCGGAGCUGCACGUGCCUUCGCCCACCCGCUCUCAGCCCCGCGGGCAGGAGGAACCCAGACCGAAGCCAUGCCGGUGCCGUGUCCCGCUGGAGCCGGCUCUUGGCAAGGAGCCGUGUCGGAGCGGCGGCACCACGUACGGGAUCAGGCUCUGCUGCGGGAUGUUGAAUCCUGUUACCACGGCCUGUCACUUGGCGGUGCCAAAUGGGACUCUGGUGUAGAGGGAGCGUCUUGUAGAACUGGGGCUGGAGACGGAGGAAACGGCCAAGGAGUAACGGAGAGGCCAAGGCGUGCAGCCGCUCCGCCGGCAGCUGCUGCUCUGGGCGUGCAAGAAGCCCUCACCAGUAAUUAAUAACGUGAGAAGAUAUAAACCCACAUAUUUAGCUUCUACGGUAAUUUUACACACACAAAUACACACACACGCUGUACCGCCACCUUCUUGCUGCUUCCAGAUUGAA